CUCAAGCACUUCUGUGCAAGAAUCUCCUGAAGAAAUGGAGGAUGAAAAGAGAGAACCUGCUGGAAUGGGGGUUCCUGAUACUUUUAGCCCUUCAUAUGUGCAUACUUUCACAUUUAAAUCAAAAUGUCCAUUUUCCUGGAAUGCCUCCCCAGAACCUGGGAAGGGUAGAUAAAUAUAAUAGGUCUUUUAUGGAUGUUGUGUACACACCAGUCUCCAACUUGACCCAGCAGAUAAUGAAUACGACGGCAUUUGCCCCCGUUAUGAAAGGGAGAAGAAUCAUUGGGGCACCAGAUGAGAAAUCCAUGGAUGAAAUAAUGCUGGACACUUUCUCAUACAGCGUGGGCGUCAUCUUUAACGACUCUUUCUCUUAUAAGUUAAAAUUUUAUCGGAGAUAUUACGUUCCCAUUUUGAAGGAGGAUUUUUUCACAGCUUACUGCCAGCGUACGAAUAUCAAUGACUUUUCCUGUGCACUGGAGAGAUACUGGAAAGGAGGAUUCGUGCCUCUACAAGCUGCCAUUAAUGCUGCUAUUAUACAAAUGACAGCAAAUCACUAUGUGAUGGAGGAGUUGAUGUCAGUUACUGCUGUAAAUAUGAAGACACCACCCUUUAUCUUUAAGGAGAACCUUCAAAAUGAGAUGUUCAUUUUUUACUGCUUGGCUUACUUCUCCCCGUUUCUAUAUUUCCUAUCACUCAAUGUUACAAGAGAGAGAAAAAAGUAUAAGGAUUUGAUGAACUUGAUGGGUCUGCAAGAUUCAGCCUUCUGGCUCUCCUGGGGUUUAAUCUAUGCUGCCUUCAUCUUUGUCACUUCCGUAAUCAUCACAGUCAUCAUAACAUCUACUGAAAUUAUCAUCCUGACAGGCUUCACGGUCAUAUUUACUCUCUUUUUCUUGUAUGGCUUAUCCUUGAUCGCUCUGGCGUUCCUGAUGACUGUGCUGCUAAAGAAAACCUUCCUCACCAGUUUGCUCGUGUUUCUGCUCACCCUCUUCUGGGGGAGUGUGGGAUUCACUGCGUUUCACCAACAACUUCCUUCACCUUUGAAGUGGGUUUUCAGUAUCUGCAGCCCCUUUGCCUUCAGCGCUGGUCUUAACCAGAUUAUCCACCUGGAUUAUACUAUGAAUGGUGUCAUUUUUCCUGAUGCUUCUGGAGACUCAUAUAUAAUGAUAGCUACUUUUUCCAUGUUGACUUUUGAUGCCCUUUUAUACUUGGUGUUGGCGUUAUACUUUGACAAAAUCUUACCCUAUGGAAACGAGUCCCAUUAUUCGCCAUUGUUUUUCCUGAACUUGUCAUCUUGUAUUCAACACCGGAGGACUGGUAGUCAUGUCGCUGAGAAAGGCGUGGACCCUGAGCCCCCCUCUGAUGAUCACUGUGAGCCCAUAGCCCCAGAAUUCCAGGGGAGAGAAGCCGUCAGAAUCAGAAAUGUUAAAAAAGUAUAUAAAGAAAAGACUGGAAAAGUGGAAGUACUGAAAGGCUUGUGCUUUGACAUCUACGAAGGUCAGAUCACGGCAAUUCUGGGUCACAGUGGGGCUGGCAAAUCGGCGUUGCUGCGCGUCCUUAGCGGGUCGUCUGUUCCAACAGAAGGAUCAGUUACCAUCUAUAAUAAAAAUCUCUCUGAAAUGCAAGACUUGGAGGAAAUCCAAAAGAUAACUGGUGUUUGUCCUCAAUUCAAUGUUCACUUUGACACGCUCACUGUAAAGGAGAACCUCAGGCUGUUUGCAAAAAUAAAAGGAAUUCAGCCAAAGGACGUGGAACAAGAGGUACAAAGAGUUUUACUGGAAUUGGACAUAGAGAACAUUCAGGAUAAUCUUGCUACACUUUUAAGUGAAGGUCAAAAAAGAAAGCUGACCAUUGGGAUUGCCCUUUUAGGAGAUCCUCAAGUUUUGCUAUUAGAUGAGCCAACUGCGGGAUUGGACCCUUUCUCAAGACAUCGAGUGUGGAGCUUCCUCAGGGAGCGCAAAGCAGGCCGCGUGAUCCUCCUGAGCACCAACCUGACGGAUGAAGCGGACAUCCUGGCUGAUAGGAAAGUGAUCCUGUCCAGCGGGAGGCUGAAGUGUGCGGGCUCCUCUGUCUUUCUGAAGCGAAGAUGGGGUCUCGGCUAUCACCUAAGUUUGUACAGAAAUGAAACGUGUGAUCCAGAAAAAAUAACAUCCCUCAUUAAUCACCACAUCCCUGAUGCUAAAUUGAAAACGGAAAGCAAAGAAAAGCUUGUGUAUACAUUGCCUGUGGAAAGGACAAAUAAAUUUCCAGACCUUUUCGGUGACCUCGAUGAGGGUUGCAGCCUGGGUGUGAUGAGUUAUGAGGUUUCCACAUCAACUCUGAAUGAAGUCGUCACGAAACUGGAAGGAAACUCAGUGGCUGAGCAAGAUUUUGAACAAGAGGAGAUGAGCAGGGACACGGGUCGGCUGCAUGAGAUGGAUCCACCUUGCCCUUCUGCCCCCGAAACGCAGAAGGCUGUGAGCGUCGCGGGCCUCUGGAGGCUGCAGUUCUGGGCGAUGGCACGGCUCCGUUUCUUACAGUUAAGAAGAGGAAAGAAAGGGCUUCUGACCCUACUGUUCGUGUUUGGAGUUGCAGUGUUCCCUUUGAUUGUGGAAAGCAUAUUCUAUGCUGUGUUGAAUGAAACCACUGAUUGGGAAUUUAAACCUGAGUUGUAUUUCCUCUCUCCGGGACAACUUCCCCAAGACCCCCGUACCAGCUUAUUGAUCAUCAAUAACACAGAAUCAAACAUUGAAGACUUCAUACAGUCACUGAAGCAUCAAAAUAUACUUUUGGAGGUAGAUGACUUUGAAAAUAGAAAUGGCACCGAAGAUCCGUCUUACAACGGGGCCAUCAUCAUUUCUGGCAAACGAAAGGACUAUCAGUUCUCAGUCGUGUGCAACACCAGGAGGCUGCACUGCUUUCCCGUCCUCGUGAGCGUCGUCAGCAACGCGCUGCUUCGGAUGUUCAAUCAAACGCGGCGCAUUCGGACCGAGAGAAGCGCAUACCCUUUGGGCCACGCGCUGCUCUGGACGGGGCUCCCCCAAGGCUCGUUCUUCUUGUUUUUUGUCACGUGCAGCCUGUCUCCUUACAUCGCCAUGAGCAGUGUCAGCGAUUACAAAAAGAGAACCAAGUCCCAGCUGUGGGUCUCUGGCCUCUUCCCCUCUGCGUACUGGUGUGGGCAGGCGCUGGUGGAUGUCAGCCUCUACAGUCUCAUUCUCCUUUCCAUGUAUUUGAUUUUCUACCUAGCGAACAUGGUGUACAUUUAUCUCACAAGUCGAGUUAUAUUUGCUUUGGUUGUCAUGACGCUUGGUUAUGCAGCUUCACUUGUCUUCCUGACAUACGUGAUAGCGUUUGUUUUUCGUAAGAGGAGAAAAAAUAGCGGCCUUUGGUCAUUUUGCUUCUAUGUAGUCACGGUCAUCUCAUUUGGCAUCAUCAUGCUAUUUGCUCCAGACGUCCCUGUCCUGAUAACUUGCAUGACUUUAGUUCCCUCGGCAACCUUGAGUGGAUUUACAGCUUUUUUGCAACAGAGAAUCCCUCGAUACAGGAUAAAAUAUCAAGAGGCAAAUUAUGACCUGAGUGCAGCUGACUUUCUGGUGUGCCUAAUACCGUACUUUCAGGCUUUGCUCUUCAUGUUUGUCCUGCGAUGCCUAGAAGCAAAAUGUGGAAAGAAAAUAAUGCAGAAGGAUCCUGUUUUCAGCAGAGAUGCUCGUUCAAACGCAGAAAAACCUGUAGCUGAAGACGAAGAUGUCCAAGCAGAAAGAAUAAGAACAGCCACCGCCCUGAACACGUCAAUAGAGGAGAAACCGGUCAUAAUUGCUAGCUGUCUGCACAAAGAAUAUGCAGGCCAGAAGAAAAGGUGCUUUUCAAGAAGGAGGAAGAAGACAGCAGUGAGAAACAUCUCCUUCUGUGUUAAAAAAGGAGAAAUUUUGGGGUUGCUGGGACCUAGCGGUGCUGGUAAAAGCUCGUCUGUCAGAAUGAUAUCUGGGAUGACGACGCCAACGGCUGGAGAGGUGGAGCUGACGGGGUACGGUUCGGAUCCGGGUCAGCAGGGGGACGCCAGCAUCCGGUUCCUGGGCUACUGUCCCCAGGAGAACGUGCUGUGGCCCAGCCUGACCACGCGCGACCAUCUGGAGGUGUUUGCCGCCGUGAAAGGGCUGCAGCGAGCAGACGCCCGAGUGGCCAUCUCACGGCUGGUGGACGCCUUCAAGCUGCACGAACAGCUGAACGUUCCCGUGCAGAAGUUACCGGGAGGGGCCGCCAGAAAGCUGUGUUUUGUGCUGAGCCUCCUGGGAGACCCACCCAUCCUGCUUCUGGAUGAGCCGUCCACGGGCUUGGACCCCACGGAGCAGAAGCAGCUGUGGCAGACGAUCCAGAGAGCCGUCAGAAACACGGCUCGGGGGGCCCUGCUGACCACCCACUCCAUGGCUGAGGCGGAGGCCUUGUGCGACCGUGUGGCCGUCAUGGUGUCCGGCAGGCUGAGAUGCAUCGGCUCCAUCCAACACCUGAAAAACAGCCUUGGCAAGGAUUACAUUCUGGAAUUAAAGCUGAAGGAGGCUUCCCAGGGGAUGUCGGUCCACACAGAGGUCCUGCGGCUUUUCCCUCAGGCCGCCCAGCAGGAAAGGUACUCCUCCUUCUCGGCUUACAGAUUGCCUGUGCGGGACGUUCAGCCCCUCUCCCAGGCCUUUCACAAGUUAGAGACAGUGAAACGUAACUUUAACCUGGAAGAAUACAGCCUCUCUCAGUGCACCUUGGAAAAGGUGUUCAUAGAACUUUCUAAGGAGCAGGAGCUGGGAAAUGUCGAUGAAGAGGUUAAUACAACCAUGAGAUGGAAACUCCUCUGCCCCUCAGAGGGCCCGUGAAGCCUCCAGUCUGAUCAUUCUCUGUUGAUGUGAUUUAAGCUCAUGUCAUAUGUAACAAUUAGCAGCAUAUAUAAUUUUAAAACGGCUUCCCAGUUGGUGCUAGUGGUAAAGAACCUGCCUGCCAAUGCAAGAGACACAAGAGACGCGGGUUCCAUCCCUGGGUUGGGAAGGUCCCUUGGAGGAGGGCACGGCAACCCACUCCAGUGUUCUUGCCUGGAGAACCCCCUGGCCAGAGGGGCCUGCUGAAUAGCACAGGGAACCUGUACUCAGGGCUCUGUGGUGACCUGAAUGGGAAGGAAAUCCCCAAAGGAAGAGCUGUAUGUAUAUGUAUAACUCUCUUUGCUGUACUGUGGAAACUCUCACAACAUUGUAAAGCAACUAUACUUCAAUAAAAAUGAAUA